AUGUUUGAAGACAAUUCGGAUCCUGAAGAUUAUGGCAGCAAGUCAUUCGGUAAAACGCAGCCAUAUGAAACAACUUUUGCUCAACGUUAUAAAAUCAAUGCUUCAGGCAUUACAAACGAUAUAAAUAAUUGCGACCUUAAAAAAUUCCAACCUGGAAUUAAUAAAUUAACCAAGUAUUUUGAAGAAAAAGGACCUCCUCUAAUAGGUUAUACUGGUGCUUUGCUUUUCGAACGUUUACAACUUUGUUUUGAUAGCAAUGAUCCUCUUGUAGAAGAAUAUCACGCAAACGAAGAACUCCGAAAAGCUGCAUUUCACCUUUUAUGUUGGUUUGGAUAUGAUAAAUGCACUACAUAUCCAGCUGAUCAGUUAUCCAAUCCAGAAUACGUAGAACAAGCUUUUAACAACAUUAAAUCAACAAAUAUUGAACUCGUAAACGAUGGUCUUGGACUUCUUACCGGAGUUAUUCAUAACAUUGCUGUUUAUAAUUAUUUUAUUGAAAAUAACGGUUUAGAUAUUAUCUUCCAACUCGAUAAUCGUACUUUUAUACCAAUAUUCCUACGAAAACUCUUCAAAUUAUGGAGUAAUGACAAGAAUAAUUCAGAAAAUGACUUUAGAUCUUCAGUUUAUCAUAGAACAGUCCCCUUUAUCUAUCAAUUUUUAGAUUCACGAUAUUCGGUUGUUAAGAAUCGUACGUUUAAUGUCUUGCGUGUCCUUAAAAAACGAGGAAUUGAAGUAGAUCCGAACGAAAUCAUCAAUAGAUUGCCCAAUUUACUACAAGACCCUUACAAUGCUGUGAUUGCCGCAGCUUUGACAUACAUUCGCAAAGUCCCUGAAGUUUCUCAAGAAUUAUUCAAACAAUUAAUAGAAGUUAGUAAUAAAAAUCAGAAAAUAGGUAUCGAAGUCUUUAAGUAUCUCUAUAAAAGAGUCGAUACCUUGUCACAAGAGAACAUUUCUUUGUUAGUUGAAGCUUUACUCGAAGCAGCUACAAAUGGCCCAGCAAAACUCGGUGAAUACGCUUUACCAAUCCUUACAGAACUCACCACAGCUAAUAAUAUUUGGGAUGAAAGACUUAUCGACGCUUAUAUGAAAUUCCUUCAAGAACCAAGGACGAUCAAAGUUUCUAUUGAAGGGCUUUGUAAGUGCCUUGAAAUUUCUGAGGGAUCAGGGCAUAAUCAGGAUGUUAUUGAUCGUUUAUCUGAAUAUACUGAUAUCUUCUCAGAAUUAAUGCAAAAUGAUGAUGAAGUUGUAUCCCAUUUUAGCUCACAGAUAUUAGAGAGGCUAGAACAAUUAUAG